CAUUCUCAGCUUUCAGGAUUUUUGUUAAUGUUAUUUGUAACAUGUUACAGGUUUACAUGUUUGUGAAUUUUAACAAAUUAACUUUUGACAGCAUUACAUCCUGAACAUCAUCUAUAGCAAGAAAGAAAUGAUGCCCCUUUUCAAACCUCAAGAUACAAUUGUCAUUACAUUCCUACAUAUAUGUGCUGUGAUUUCAGUGACUCCAGAGUUUAAGACUGUGACCCCUGAGGCCGACACUCUGGGUCGCCUGGGUGGAGAUGCGGUGCUGCAGUGUCAGCUGUCCCCAGCCCUCGACGCCCAGAACAUGGUUGUCCUGUGGAAACGAGAGGGCAAGGAAUUCUACAGCUACAGACCAGGCUCCACAGACCAGGACCAGAGAGGCGGAUCACAGCUCUUCCACAACGAGCUGAAGAGUGGCAAUGUUUCCCUGCAUCUCAGUAACGUCCAGCUGUCUGACCAGGGGAAAUACACCUGCUGUGUUCUGGUCAGCGAAUGGUAUGCUGAGGCCCAUGUGACUCUGAAACUCAUUGCUGUAGGAACCCCCCCACUCAUCUCUGUGAGUGAGCCCCAGGACAGCGGAUUGACCCUACGCUGUGUAUCAGUAAAAUGGUUCCCCCAGCCACAGCUGAUCUGGACUGACGGGACGGGUGAAGAUCUUACUGCCAGAGCUAAGACUGCAACCAAAGCGGACGCAAAGAGCCUCUACACCCUGACCAGUCACCUGGACAUCUCACAGCAGGCCGAGGGGGGCGUCUUCUACCAGUGUCUAAUAAGGCACAGUGAGGACCAUGUGGUCAUGCAGUCUAAAGUACAGCUCAGUGGAGAAUACUUCUCCAAUGUUUCUGCAUCGUGGAAGCACUUUGGAGUCUUCCUCAUACUGAGUGCGCUUGGUCUCUCUGUGCUUGUCACAGUGCUGUUCCUGAGAAACAGAGGAGCAUCUGCAACACUGAAAAAAGAGAGGGCUGAGAAGAGGACAAUUGAAGAAGAGUGCAGAUACCUUAAGGGAGAAGCUGAAGAGAAAAAGAAACUUGAGAAGGACUGUGAUGAACUGCGUGAGGAUUUAAAGUCCAGAGGAUACCUUCUGAAAUCAGAAUGGAAGGGAAUACAAAUGAAUGCAGCUGAUGUGACUCUGGACCCAGACUCAGCGCAUCCUGAGCUCAUUCUCUCUGAGGAUGGGAAGAGUGUGGAGAGGGGAGAGACCAGGCAGGAUUAUCCUGACACUGCUAAGAGAUUUGACCGCUGGUUUGCAGUGGUGGGCAGACAGGGGUUUGAAUCAGGGAGACACUACUGGGAGGUGCAUAUCAGGGAUGAGAAGAAUGCGGGGGCUCAGUGGAAAUUAGGGGUUGUGUGUGAAUCUGCUGAAAGGAGAGGGGCAGUAACAGUCAACCCCAAGUUUGGGUACUGGCUUCUAGAGUCAAGUAAACACUUUAAGGCCCUGUCAGUCCCUGAGACUGUGAUCUCUCUGAGACCUGUACCCCAGAGGGUGGGGCUGUACCUGGAUUAUGAGGGAGGGCAGCUCUCCUUUUAUGGAGUUGAGGACAGGCGACACCUCCACACCUUCAGACACAAGUUCACUGAGAGACUCUAUCCACUGAUCUACAAUCAGGUUAAUGAUGUGAUCAUAGAGAUAGUGUCUCCAAUCACAGAGGAGCAUGAUGGUGACACACCUGAGUCUAAAUCUCACCCUCCACAGGGUCCGUUCUGUGAUACAGUGUAG